AAUAUCAAUAAUGAAACAAAUGAAAAAACAUUAGAUAUAUCAAUAAAAGAAAUGAUUGACUCAAUGAAUUCUUUAUUAGAAAAAUUAAAAACACAUAAAGCUAUUAAAGCUGAUUUAUAUCAACAAUUAGUUGCUGAUCCAAUAUCUGUUAUCACAUCACGAUCUAGUGCAACAUGGAAAAUUGGCAAAUAUUUAAAUCAAUUAUUACAACCAUUUACUGAUAAAAUUUUACAUUCAACAACAUUUGCUGAUGAAACUGAUUUUAUUCGAAAAUUAAAUCAUUAUGCUAAUACAGAACGUCGUCUUCGUCCAACAACACUCUUUUGUACAAUUAAAAUAACUAAUUUUUAUACAUUAGAUGAACAUCAAAAUAUGCUCGAUGUUAUUGGUUAUUUUUUACACGAUAAUUUAGCAACAAACAAACUUGAAUCAUUAACAAUUCAAACUAUUCGAAAUCUUUUAUAUUUAUUUCUUUAUAAUAAUAUCUUUUAUUGUUUAAUUCGAAUUGAAUAUUUUAGAUAUAAAGAUCAAAUAUUUUUUACAUGGGAUAAAUCAAGUGCUAUCGAACUUGAAACAUUUAUAGAAAAUAUUCGAGAAAAACAUUGGAACGUACGUUUUCAAAAAUUCAUUAGUACAAAUGUACAAUUUUUGAAUGCUUCUAUCGAAAAUCGACAAGGUCAAUUAUAUAGUCAAGUACAUUGUGAUUUCAACAUGUCACGUUAUACAUUACCAUAUCUCUUGGGUCAUUCAAAAUCAGCUCAUAGUGAUUGGUUACGAACAGCUUUAAUUCGUGCUGUAUGUUAUUGUACAUCGGUCGAUGAUUUUCAACAAGAACGAAUUGUUCUUGAAUUAACUUAUCUUAUUAAUGCUUAUUCAUUAUUAUUUGUUGAAACUCAUGUCAAACAUUUUUUCAAUUAUUUUCAUGCUCAAACUAUGCGAUAUUCAAGAAGUCAAAGCACAUAUGAUAAAUUUCGUCAACAAUGGUUUAAAUUCGUUGAACAACGAUAUGAACUUUCAGAACAACUUGAAAAAUUUAAUAAAAAUGGUCGUUUAAUUCAAUUCAAUUAUAUUUAUGAUUUUGAUUCAAGAUGUCGAUUCAAUCGAGAAUUUUAUCGACUUUGGUCUCAUUAUUUUCAAAAACAUCCAACUCUAUCAGAAGAAAACUCUGAAGUUAUCCUAUCAACUAAACAUUUUCAUUCAUUAAAUACAUUAUUAGCAAUAGACAAACCCCCAUAUACUACAGUUCAACAAUGA